AUGCUAAGUCAGGAGGUAUUUGACAAAGACGCAGUUCUUAGUUUUAUAUAUCCGCUGGGAAUGGUGCUUCUAAUGGUGCCUGCCUUUGCUGGUGUGAGCAUAGGGAUGGGAAAGGCCUCCCAUGGUGUUUGCCAGGCAGCAGCCGUUAAAAAUGACGUUGUUCUCACUAUUAUUCCAGCUGCUUUUAUAGGAGUGGGCGUUCUGUAUGCGGGUCUUUUGUACUUUAUAGGCGGGGUGGAGGGCCCUCCAAUCUCCUUUGAGGUUCCUCUGCGGUGGCUAGCAGCUAACAUAAUCACAGGAUUUGGGAUAUUUUGGGGGUCUCUAGCACUGGGUGAUAUUUCAGCAGUAGCUACAGUAACGGCAGCCCAGCAAAAAAGAUUUAAAAUGUCGUUCUUCCUUCUUAUGGUAUUUGGAGAGUUUAUCGGGCUUUUUUCACUGAUUAUUGGAGUGAUUUUGCUCUUAGGAAACAAGCAGUGGAUUCCAAAACCUGAGGAUGACACUAAAAAGGCCAAAUAA